AUGUACGACGAUGUCCAGUAUGUGCUGAAGCUCAAGGACAUGGGCAUUGAGAGGGCUUAUGGACGACUUUCUUGCGCAGAGAAGGAUCGAGCGGAGCAAGUCUACACGAAGAUGAUCGAACUUCUCAAACAAAUGGAGGGGCAGAUCUACAAGAUUCUUCGCACCGAGAAUCCAUGGUUCAAUGCUCAAGUUCGCAAGACCCGGCGUUGGUUGCAAGAGCAACCAGGAGAAGCGGCGUGUGUAUUCAUCUUCAGUUCCGCGUUUGUUUCCGGAUGUCUGGGCGUGUUGUGUGAGUUUGGUGUCCAUCCAUUCUAUUGGGCUGGUUUGGUGAAAGCACCACUGAGCGUGGCCGCAAUGUUUGGUGUCGGUGCUGUCGGUGGUGCUUGCUUGGGUGCUCUCUUCGUUACGGCUUUGCAUUAUUGUCUGUCAACUGAUUGUUGGGUGUUCCUGACGGACACGUCCAAAUCACACGUGGCCGACAUCAAUCGAAUGGUGCAAGCGACGUAUCAGGUCGAAGAUGACAAGUUUCUGGAAAGCCUGGACGAAAUCCUCAAGAGCAUGGCCGGCUUUUCAGGUGCAGUUCCCGAUGUCCCGGAUCGGCUUUGCCAGAUUUGCCUUGAAGAAGGUCAUAACGUCGUUGCCCCUGUCAAGGCUCCGCGAUGCCAAGGUUCUCAUUUCAUGUGCAAGCAGCACUGGAAGCGGUACGUCGAGAACUUCGAUGACAGAUGCCCCCAGCCAAAGACAUGCUCUUCACUUGCUGCCUUCCGCUUCUACGAGAUCUACCUCAGCAACAUCCUGGGUUAUGUCUCCCUUGCUAGUCAAGUCACCAAAAGUCGACUGCUCCACCGCGAUCUCGGCCUGCCGCAUUUGCCGGGAGGUCGAGCCGGAGAGGCCGGCGAGGAGUUCAGCUUCUACGGUCUCCUGGCUGCGGGUGGCGUGGCGCUUCAGGGCGUCGCCCUUCUGGAUCCGGCGAUGACCCUGCAGACGAUGCUACACUUGGCAGGCGCCUUGGUUUUCUUCUGGGCCUCCUGGUGCCACACGUCAGCUGCUGCGAAGCUGUACUUACCCGGCUGGAGCAUGCCUGCCGAGGAGAGUCCCGAGUACCAGCAGGUCGUCGAUGCCAUGGAGGCUGCUGAGGACUCGAAACUCCUUGCAGUGCCGGCCGUCUGGUGGCUGGUCCGCAUCCGGCACAAGGUGCUGAUGCGUGGGCCCUUGGCAAUGUUCAUCGGGCCCCUCGUGAUGCAGUUCCUGGAGAGGAGCCAAGAUCGGGAAACUGGCAUGGCUCAGUCGCCCAGGACACGAAAUUGGAUGGGCAUCCUCCAGUGGCUUGUAGUCGCUAACUUUGCUCUCAUCUUCUUCUCCUAUGGGCCCGAGCUGGCGAUUGCGGCCAUGCUUCCGCUUCCGCAGGAGGACUGA